GCUGGCUUUCGGGGGAGGGCGAAUUUGGGCGCGAAAUUAGAGCGCGCGCGAGCGAGGGAGAUGAGCUCGCCGGCGACGGAGGCGGCGGAGGAGGCGGCGGCGGACCUCAUCUGCCACCUCGACAACGUCCAAGGCAUCGUCGACGCCCUCUCCUCCGUCCGCUUUAAGCGCCACCAGGAUGCGGUCGUCGAAGUGUCGGAGCACGGCGUCGUUCUGAUCGUCGAGGAUAGCGGCUGCCUUCAAGCCAAGGUUUACCUGCAGCGCGAGCUGUUUAUCCGUUAUGAUUAUCACGCGCAAGGGCGGCCUCGGUUCGGCUUGGGUUUGGGCCUCUUUGUCGAUUGCUUGAGCACUUUCUCGGUUCCCGGACACUCCAACACGAUCGAGAUGCGGUAUCCAGGGCCCGACAUGCAGCUUCUCCUCAAGUCUAUCGAUUCGCUCGAUGCUUGCAUUUACGCUGAGAUCAGGACGAGGAUCCCUGAAACAAUUUCGUGGGACUAUGACUUUGAGCCUGCAGGAAGUUCACCCCUCAGUUUCACCGUCAGGUCUGCAGCAUUGAAAGAAGCCAUAGAUGAUCUCGAAUGGCCAGGGUCAAGUGUCCAGAUCACUUUACAGCCAGCACCUCCUUCUGUUACGUUUAAAGGCGAAGGUCAUGGAGAUUUGCAGAUAGAAUUCAUGUAUUAUGCAAAUACCGAUCUCCUGAUUGCAUUCCACUGCGACCAUGCAGUGUCCCACAGGUAUAAGUACAAGUUUCUCCGUGCGACGACUUCAAAUUUACCAAGCAACGUCACUAAAGAUAACAGAGGAAGCAAGUUGACCAUUGGGAGAGGUGGAAUGCUGAAAGUUCAGCACUUGGUUUCGGUUGCAAGAUCUUCUGCUGCGCACCAACACAGCGCUUCUGGCUAUCAGCAACCCAGUCGAAUUGCUUAUGUGGAGUUCUUUGUGAAACCAGAGGUGGAUGGGGAUGAUGCGUAGGAUUCUCUCACUAUAUUAAAAAAAAAAAAAAACUAGAGGAAGAACACCAGUGAUUCAUACGCCCCUCCAAAGAAAAUUUAAUUCAGCUA